AUGCCAUCCGCCGGCUCCAAGAAGCUGCUGGCGGACGGGCUGCAGAAGCUGGCGCGCAUCGCGCAGUCGUGCGAGCCGGUCCUCUUCCUCUCCACGAAGAUGUACCUCCGGGCGCAGUGGCUCUGCAGCAUGGCGGUGCGCGAUGCAGAGUGCCGCUGGCCGGCGGAGUGGAAGUGGCAGGCGACGGACGGCGCCGCUGCGACGCCGGUGGCAGCGCGAGACGAGGCGUGGCUCGCGGCCUGGCUGGUGAGCCGGUGCGGGCCCGCCGACCCGGGCGAGGUUGCCUUCCUGCAGUACACCUCCGGCUCAACCGGCCACCCAAAGGGCGUGAUGGUCGGCACGCGCAACGUGCUCGCCAACGUCGACGCGAUCGCGCAGAUGCGGCUCUGCCACGCCGAGAUGGGCUCGGUCGGCGUGGAGCGGGUCGGCGUCUGCUCGUGGCUGCCGCAGUACCACGAUAUGGGCCUGAUCGGCGGCUGCCUCGCUGCUGCGGUGCGCGGCUGGCGCGCCGACCUGACCUCGCCCUUCACCUUCUUGCAGCGGCCGCUGGUCUGGCUGCAGAUGUUUACGCGCCUCAAGGCGACGCACCUGGUCUGGUGCACGGCGCCCAACUUUGGGUACGCAUUGUGUGUGCGCCGCAUCAAGGGCGACGCGCUCUCGAAGCUGUCGCUCUCGCACUGGCUCAUCGCGAUGAAUGGCGCCGAGCCGAUCCGCGCUCAGACGAUCCAGGACUUCUCGGCGCGCUUCGCCGCUUGCGGCUUCGACCCGCGGGCGUGGGCUCCGGUGUUCGGGCUCGCCGAGAACUGCCUCUACUGCUGCGGCCGCGCCGAGGAGACGCAGCACAUGUAUGUCACUCAGUGGGAGGCGCAGGACGCCGCCGCUUGCGACGACCACGCCGCCUCGCUUGCGUUGACUGGCAGCGAGGCCAACCUCGGCGAGCGAUCCGGCGAGCACGGCGUGGCCGAUACCUCGCACGCGUCGCGGAGUCUUCUUCUGUUCUCGCUGCCGCUGGGCAGUCCUCCCGGCACCGGCGUGCUCCCCGCCCUCGAUGUCGCCUUUGACAUCGUCAAGCAGCAGCUUAGCUCGCGGCCCAUCUCGGCCUUUCUGCUCACCGCGGGGACGCAAUACGCAACCACCACGACAGCCGCGCGCCCAGCGCACGGCGGCCUGAUGGGCCUGGCGCGCACCGUCCGGUCGGAGCAGCCGUCGGCUCGCAUCUCGAGCAUCGACGUCUCCGCAGCCAGUCACACAUCUGUCGAGGAGGCGCUUGCGCUAGGGAUAUGCAGCACCUGGAGUGGCGAGCAGAUCGAGGUCGAGGUGGCCGUGGGCAAAAGGCUCCGUCGCGUGCCGCGCCUCGCUGAGGCGGCCUUGUCGAACACAGGGCCAAUCCGGCUGCACUUCGACGCUCGCGGCGCAAUCAGCAAUCUCCGUAUCGCGCCGCAGGACGAGAUGCCUGCGCUCGAGCAUCGACAGGCAGAUCUGAGCGUGCGUGCGGUCGGCCUCAACUUUCGCGACGUGCUCAACGUGCUCGGGGCCUACCCCGGCGACCCUGGGCCUCCUGGGUCUGACUGCGCUGCGACGGUCGCCGCCCUCAGCGGCACCUUUGCGCACCUGCAGAUCGGCGACGCUGUGCUCGGCCAUGCGGCCACGGGCUCCCUCGCGUCAGUCGCACGCACUGACGGCCGCCUCGCUGCAUCGAUCGACGAGUCGCUCUCGUUCGAGCAGGCGUGCACGCUGCCGACGACGUGGUGCACCGUCCACAUGUCACUUCUCGCGGCGAGGCCGGCGGCUGGGCACGGCGUGCUGCUGCAUGCCGGCGCGGGCGGCGUCGGCCUUGCCGCAGGGGAGUACUCGCACUGGCUUGGCGCCCGUGUCACGGCCAGCGUCGGGCGGCCGUACAAGCACUUCUACCUGCAUCGCAUGGGCCUCGCCGGCCGCACCGUCAGCUCCCGCGACGGAGGCGCCUUCGCGCUCGGCGCGUCGAGGCUGCUCGGCGCAGCUCGGCUGCGCUUCACGCUCAACAGCCUGUCGGCGGACUUCAUCGCGUGCUCCUUCUCCCUGCUGCGGCAGGACGGCUGGCUGUGCGAGAUCGGCAAGCGGGCGGUGUGGAGCUACGAGCGGCUCGCGUCGGCGUCCCUGUCUCGGUACGUGGCGAUCGCGCUCGACUCGACCAUCGAGCAGGCGCCAACUUGGAUGACGAGCACGCUUCAGAUCCUCUCAGCGCGCGCCGCGGGCAACGUUCUGCACGGCCUGCCGCUGCAGACCUUCGAGAUGGAGCGGGGGCUGCAUGCUGCCUUUCGCACGCUGCAGGGCGGCACCAACACGGGCAAGGUGGUGGUUCGCAUCCCGAAGGCGGCGCCGAUGCCGCCGCGAGGGGCCCAUUUGCUCUCGGGCGGCACGGGCGGCCUCGGCCUCGUCACGGGCAGGUGGCUCGGCGAGCGCGGCGCUGCGUCAGUCGUGCUCGCGGCCCGAGGCGGAAGGGUGGCUGCCGUCGAGGGCGAGAGGCUGAAGAAGUUGGCGAGGUGCGACUUCAGCGUGGCCAAUAAGAUGCCGUCAGCGCCCGAGUGCGCGCCCAAGUACGUGGGUGGGGUCAACUCGUUUGGCUACAGCGCUACAUGGCAGACGGUGAACGAGCUAGCGUGCGGGGACAGCGGCAUUGUGCACGGAGCUAAGUGCAUUGCCGUUCUUAACGGAGUCGCUUAG